GACUCUGUUUCACAACACGCCAUGGAGAACUCGUUAUAAAACGUAGAACGCGGCAACUCUCGGCGUUUCAAGUUUAAUAGUUGACUGCAAGUAGAGGACCGCGGAGCCAGUACCUCUGUAAAUUCAACCGUUUUAUCAAAAACUUGGAUGGCGACAAAAGGUUUCAAGUACAACGCUGCCGAUAAGGAAAUGAUGCCAAUCCGGACGAAUGGACUCCGGAAAUCAUCUCGAACCGCCCCAGCUUCCAAGCGUCUUCGCUACUCACCUCCUCUUUCUCCUGCUGCAUUACGACACAAAAGUAAGAAGCGCAACAUGGUAAACAUACAACGCAAAGAAAAAGAGGACUCUUCAGAUGAUGAAAAUAGUGACGGAGAUGUCACAAACGGUAAAGGACUCUCGGCGUAUGAACUGGAGCGUCUGGAGAAUAUUAAGCGGAAUCAAGCCUUCCUCUCCUCUAUCAAGCUCCUUCAGGCAUCCAAGGACUUAAAGCAACUGUCAGCAAAACGGCAGCCAUCACAGAGGGGGCUGCCAAGGUCACUCCCUGUAGUCAAAGAAGUCCUCCCACCUCGAAAGUCCCUGCGUCUCCAAAACAUACAAGCUGAGGUCCUCACUCUUCCCCCUGAACCAAGAGGAAUAGAUACCGGAAAACAGCACAAGAAGCCUGCAGGGCCUCUACCUAUCGAGCCAGUCAACCUGGGCGAAGGAAGCAAGCUACCGCCUCAAGUCCUCCAGCUCUGCUUAGAGGUGUCUUCAGGAGAAAAAAGAGUGGAACGUGAUUUGAAAGAGUACUGCUCUUUACUAAAGAAGAUGACAAUAAGUGAAGCCCGGGUGGCCAAAGUUGUGACGGGCCGCAUUUUCUCAGCGGCCUUCCACCCUGCUUCCGCGAGUCUCCUGGCCGCCGGCGACAAGAAUGGCCAAGUGGGCCUCUGGAGUGUGGGUGCCGACUGGGGCAACGACGGCGUUCUGCUGUUUGAACCCCACGCUCGCCCGGUGAACUGCUUGGCCUUCUCCAAGGCUCAACCCGCUCAGCUGCUGAGUCUCAGCUAUGAUGGAUCCCUGCGCUGCAUGGAUGUGGAGAAGGGCGCCUUAGAUGAUGUAUAUAACAUGGAAGACGCCCUGAAAACCUUUGACUUCCUGUCACAUGAUUGCUCGACGCUCGUGGUCGGGCACUGGUGCGGAAACGUCGCAAUUGUGGACCGGCGUACACCAGGAACGUCGCACGAGUCUCUCCACUCGCUGGACCCAAAGGUUGUACGCUGUGUCAGCGUCCAUCCUGCACAGCAACAAUACGUUGCCGUGGCUGAGAGCAGGGUGGUGAACAUUUACGACGUGCGGUGUUUGAAGACAAACAGCCCACCAGUGUCCCAGCUCCAGGGUCACUCUUUAAGCAUAUCCAGCUGUUACUUCUCUCCAUGCACUGGCAACAGAGUGGUCACUUCUUGUCUGGACAACUACAUCAGAGUAUAUGACACAUCUGCCAUGAUCACCGAAGCCCCGCUGCUGACCUCCAUCAGCCAUGACAUGAGGACGGGCCGCUGGCUGUCCAAACUGUCGGCCGUGUGGGACCCCAAACAGGAAGACUGCCUGUUGGUAGGCAGCAUGUUGAGGCCACGAAGGAUGCAGGUGUUCCACGAGAGCGGCCGCCUCAUGCACACGUUCGCGGACGACGAACACCUAAGCACGGUGCUGUCCGUCGCUGCCUUCCACCCCACCCGAAACAGCAUCCUGGGCGGCAACGCGUCGGGACGCCUGCACGUCUUCUCAGAUUAAAACCUCGCCCGACCCGUUUCAGCGACUACGUCGGUGGCAAUCGUUCAAAGAUCAGAGUUUAAGAUAAGUUACGUUUAGCAGAACCUAGUCCUUUAUUUUUGUGUACCUUUUUCUAAAUGAAUUUUUUACCAGUGGAAACAAAUGUUGAUGUUUGUGAUACGGUGCAUAGGCUUCAAGAUAUUUUUUUGAACCUGAUCCAAUAAUUAGCUGGCGUUCAUUCCAAGUGACAACCUCAAGAUGGCGCUGUCGACAUACACGCUCACUGGGGCUCACUCGAGAGAGCUGGUUCUCACAGAUUCCGAGAUACUUAAGUCACACUAAAAGUUAUUUAUCAAAUUUUGUUGUGGUUGUACUGUGUCGAUCAUUCAACAUCAGUCUCCACGUAGUAUUUGUGGUUGCUUAAAAGGUUUUGAGUCGUUCUCGGGAAUUAAUAUAAUUACUGUUGACACCUUUUCAAGUAUGUUAAUGGUCAGGCUACACAUUGGAUUAUAAAAGUGUUCCCUUUCCUUGAAUUUGGUUGAUUGGCCAAAAUGUUUACCUCACGCUACUUGUUUCCCCUUGUUUUGGUUGGUCGUUUUACAUCUAAAUAAAUACAUGACACAACA